AUGGCAAUUGCUGAAGUCUUUCUUAGCGCAUUCAUUACCGUGCUGUUUGAGAAAUUGGCUUCUUCUGAUCUGAUCAGGAUGGCUCGAUCUGCAGGAAUCUAUUCCGAGCUCAACAAAUGGAAAGAUACCUUGUCCCAGAUCCAAGCUGUGCUUGUUGAUGCAGGCCGAAAGCACAUAACCCUCAUUGCUGUUCAGUUAUGGCUAAACAAACUCCAGCUUUUGGCUUACGAAAUAGACGAUGUACUUGAUGAUUUGGCCACUCAAGCUCUGAGGCGCCAGUUGAAUCAGCAAUCUCAUAAUGCCAGCACCAUGAGUAAGGUAUUAAAGACCAUUCCAACUUGUUGUACUAAUUUCACUCCUCAUAAAAUUAAGUAUGGUCAUAAGAUGAGUUCUAAACUCGAUGAGAUUUCAACCAAACUCCAUGAUCUUGUCGAGGAGAAAAACCUUUUGGGUUUGAAUGAUAAUGUUGGAAGGUCAAAUAAAACAAUUAAAAGAUUGGAGGAAACUUCACUAGUUGACGUCUCUACAAUCGUGGGUAGGGAAACAGAUAAGAAGGCAUUGCUCGGGAAGCUGUUAGACAAUGAAUCAUGUAGUCAAAACAUCAGCGUCCUGUCUGUUGUUGGUCUGGGUGGAAUUGGCAAAACCACUAUUGCAAAGAUUCUGUACAAUGAUGAGAAAGUGAAGGAUCACUUUGAACUCAAGUCAUGGGUCAGUGUUUCUGAUGAGUUUGAUGUAUUUAAUAUUAGUAAAACCAUUUUUAAAGAUGUAGGUGGGGAUGACAAUCUUAAUCAACUUCAAGUGGCUCUUACUGAAAAACUUUCAAAGAAAAGGUUCCUAAUUGUUCUAGACGAUGUAUGGAAUGAAGACUAUAACAAGUGGGAACUCCUCCAACGCCCGUUUGUUGUAGGGGCACCCGGAAGUAAGAUUAUUGUCACUACCCGGAAUAGUAAAGUUGCAUUGGUGAUGGGUUCUUCUCAAUCUUAUCCUUUAGAGCUUAUGUCGGAUGAAGAAGCCCUGUCUUUGUUGGCCCAACAUGCACUGGGUAAACAAAAUUUUGAUUCGCAUCCGACUCUUAACUUGUAUGGAGAAGGUUUCGUGAAGAAAUGUGGCAGAUUGCCGUUGGCGUUGAAAACACUUGGAAGGAUGUUGAGAACAAAAUCAAGUGAUGACGAAUGGGAGGAGUUGUUAAGUAGUGAGAUAUGGAAUUUACCGAAUGAAGGUAAUAUUCUUCCCGCCCUAAGACUAAGUUACUAUGAUCUCCCUCCACAUUUGAAGCCUAUGUUUGCUUAUUGCUGCUUAUUCCCUAAGGAUUACGUGUUUCGGAAGGACGAACUCGUCCUGCUCUGGAUGGCAGAAGGCUUUUUGUACCGGUCAAAAGGCAGCAAGUCAAUGGAGAGUUUAGGUAGUGAGUGUUUUGAAGAGCUAGUGUCGAGAUCGUUUUUUCAGCACUCAACUAAUAAUAAAUCACAAUAUACAAUGCACGAUCUUAUAAAUGACCUGGCAAUAAGUGUUGGAGGGGAGUUCUUUUUUAUGUUGGGUGAGAAGAAUGCCGUUGGCGGAAGAAAUGAAGCUUUGGAGAAGCUCCACCACUUUUCAUUUAUUCGUCAAAAAUAUUUAAUAUACGGAAAGCUCAAGGCACUAUAUACCGCGAGACGCUUGCGAACAUUCUUACCGGUGCCAGUAAUGAUCAUUAGAUUCCAACAUUUCUAUUUAUCAAGCAAGAUCCUUACAGAAUUACUUCCCCAACUACAGUUUUUAAGGGUGCUAAGCCUAGCUGGUUAUGUAAUCACAGUGGUACCACGGUCCAUUGGCAAUCUCAAACAUUUGCGGUACCUCAACUUUUCUGAAACUCACAUCACUUGUUUACCGGAACAAGUCGGUAACUUGUACAAUCUCCAGAGCUUGUUGCUUUCUGGUUGUUACCGACUAUCAAGCUUGCCAGACAGUCUCACAAAGCUGAUAAACCUGCGACAUCUUGACAUCGAUGAUACCGCAAGUUUGAAAGAGUUGCCCAUGGGGAUAAGUGGAUUGACUAGUCUACAAACUCUAUCCAAAGUUAUUAUAGGAGAUGCUAAUGGGUUCAAAAUAUCCCAUCUUAGGGACCUACAACAUCUUCAAGGCCGGCUUGCCAUUGAAGGAUUGCAUAAAGUGACUAAUUCAACCCACGCAAAGGAAGCCAACCUACAACAAAUGAAGGGUGUUCGUGAUUUGAAGAUGGAAUGGAGCGACGUCUUUAAUGAUUAUCGAAAUGAGUUGAUUGAGUGUGAAGUACUUGAAGGACUAAAGCCUUUUAAGAAGUUGACCAAAAUCGUGAUAUCGAACUACGCAGGAACAAAAUUUCCAAAUUGGCUUGGGGAUCCCAUAUAUGAUUGCUUAACCCAAAUUAUGUUAUUUCGUUGUAGAGGUUGUACAUGCUUACCAACACUUGGACAUCUACCGUCCCUUCAAAAGCUGUUUGUUAGGAGCAUGAAUGGGUUGAAGAGGGUGGGCUCAGAGUUACUUGGAACCGGAAAUGGUAAUGCAUUUCCAUCACUUGAAGUUUUGAGAUUUAUAGAUAUGGAGGGUUGGAAGGAAUGGUCAACUAUACAUGGGGGUGGCAAAGAUGGAACCGCUGUAUCAUUUCCCCGUCUUAGUGAGAUUUAUAUUGAAAACUGUCCGAAACUGGAUGUAUUGACAAUUGAGCCAAUACAUUCACUUCGGGUUCUUCAUGUAGAAAAAUGUUCAGCAGUGGCGUUAAGAAGCAUGAUUGACGUGUCUUCAACAAUUACUAGAUUGACAGUGGAGGAAGUUAAUGGACUUCCUACUCUGCUAGAUGGAGAUUUUUUGGAGCAUCUUAAGGCUGUUGAAUAUCUAAAGAUUUCAGGUUGUGAUGAACUCACAUACUUGUGGGAAUCAGAAGAGGAGGCAUGCAAGAUUCUUGUUAAUUUACAGGAGUUGGAAGUAGAAAAGUGUAAGAACUUGAUAAGAUUGGAAGAGAAAAAGGCGGAUUUGGUGAUGUGCAUGAAAUCUCUUAGAAGUGUAAGACUUGAUAAUUGUGUGAGAUUGGAGAGUUACCAUUGUGGUUCAGAUAGUAAUGAAAAUUUGAUGAUAUCAUUUUGUGAUUCAGUAACAUCCUUGACCUUCCCAGGAGUGGAUGGUCAUCACUUGCCAUCCACUUUUAAGAGUCUCCGAGUUUGGGUAUGUCAUAAUGUGGAGGUGAAUUGGCUUCUGAGCAACUUCUUGUCAUCACUUACAUCUCUUACUCUAUGUGAAAUUCCAAGUUUGAGGUUGUUACCAGAAGGAUGCUUACUUCAUCUCACCCACUUGACAAUAUGGGCAACUGAAAUAGAAGCCAUUCCAGAGAAAGGCUAUGGUUUUCUUCCGCAUCUUUGCCUGAGAUAUCUUUCGAUCUUUGAGUGCAAGAAUAUGAAGUCAUUUCCACAUAAGCAAUUGCAAAGUCUCACAUAUUUGGAAGACAUGUUGAUAAGGGAUUGUCCAAGCAUAAACUACUCAUUUCCUGGUGGUUUGUGGCCUCCUAAUUUAAGGAAGUUAGAAAUAGGAGGAUUAAAGAAGCUGAUGUCAGAGUGGGGGAUGCAGAAUUUCCCAAACUCACUUGUGAAACUAUCGUUAGAUGGUGAAACUUCAGGAGAAGUGGUUUCAUUUGCAAAUGCAGAAGAUAGCAAUACUGCUACUACUUCAACAUCAUCACCGUCAUCAUGUUCUUUCUUACUUCCAUCAUCUCUGACUUCUCUUGAAAUCAGAAAUUUUGAGGAACUGGAAACAAUUUCAAAAGGAAUGGAGCACCUCACCUCCCUUGAAAAACUUGAAAUCUUCGACUGCCGGAAGCUAAGAGAUCUGCCAGAGACACUCCUCCCUUCUUUCUCAAGUUUAUCUGUGGGUGAUGUUUCCCGGGAACUGAGAAGAAAGUGUAGUAACGGAAUAGUAACAGGAAAGUACUGGCCCAUCAUCUCCCAAAUCCCUGAUCAUGACAUAUAA